CCCUCAGAACUCAGAGACUGAGACUCAGUGGGAAUGAGUGAGGGGAGAGUGAGAGAGAGGAAGCUUUAGGGAAAGUAAUAGCAGGUUUUCUUUUUCACCGACUUAUUUCUAUAGGUUUAAGGGCAAAGGGUGCGAGGUUUCAACAAAAGUGAGUGAAGAGAAAGAAAGAAAAGAGAACCCUGUCAUUUCUUGAAGCUCUUGGUCAUAGUUUGGUGUUCCUCCCAGGCUGCGUUCUGAAGAUUUCUUAUUAGUGUUUUACGGAGUGUAAUUCUUAUUCUGGCGUAAAUCCACGUGUUUUUGGGGAAACCGUGUCCAAAAAACUUGCGCCAGGUCAGUGGUGGAUGCAUGUUUGCGCGCUUUCUGGCACGAAGUUUGGACGCGCGCACGUUAUAGCACAUUCUCCGCACUUCUUGGAGCAAAGCGCACUCAGAAGGGACCAUGCUGAGAGUGUUUGUGGCUUGGAGCACUCUGGUAGCGCUGUGCGUGAUGGUAGAAGGAUCCAGAGGCGGCGGGUACGGGAUGAGCAUGUUCGCCGCGCAGUCUUCUCCUCCUGACCCGUGCUACGACGAGAACGGCAACCCGCGCCGCUGCAUCCCUGAUUUCGUGAACGCCGCGUUCGGGAAAGACGUGCGCGCGUCCAGCACGUGCGGCAGUCCGGCCGCGCGCUACUGCGUAGUGACCGAGAAGGGAGACGAGAGGUCGCGGGACUGUCACUCCUGCGACGCGUCCGACCCCAAAAAGGCGCACCCGGCGGCCUACCUGACCGACCUGAACAACCCGCACAACCUGACGUGCUGGCAGUCCGAGAACUACGUGCAGCAUCCGCAGAACGUGACGCUCACUUUGUCCCUGGGUAAAAAGUUUGAAGUGACCUACGUGAGCCUGCAGUUCUGCUCCCCGCGGCCCGAAUCCAUGGUCAUCUAUAAGUCCAUGGACUACGGUAAGACCUGGGUGCCGUUCCAGUUCUACUCCACGCAGUGCAAGAAGAUGUUCAACCGACCGAGUCGCGCGGCUAUCACCAAGCAGAACGAGCAGGAGGCGAUCUGCACCGACUCGCACACCGACAUGCAGCCGCUGGCAGGCGGGCUCAUCGCAUUCAGCACGCUGGACGGACGGCCGUCUGCGCACGACUUUGAUAACUCGCCCGUCCUGCAGGACUGGGUCACGGCCACCGACAUCAAGGUGACGUUCAGCCGCCUGCACACUUUCGGCGAUGAGAACGAGGACGACUCGGAGCUGGCCCGCGACUCUUACUUCUACGCCGUGUCCGACCUGCAGGUGGGAGGCCGCUGCAAGUGUAACGGGCACGCGUCCAAGUGCGUGCGCGACCGCGACGGCAACCUGGUGUGCGAGUGCAAGCACAACACGGCGGGACCCGAGUGCGACAGGUGCAAGCCGUUCCACUACGACCGACCGUGGCAGCGCGCCACCGCCCGAGAGGCCAACGAGUGCGUCGCUUGCCACUGUAACCUACACGCCCGCCGCUGCCGUUUCAACAUGGAGCUGUAUAAGCUGUCGGGCCGCAGGAGUGGAGGAGUCUGUCUCAACUGCAGACACAACACAGCCGGCCGUCACUGUCACUACUGCAAAGAGGGUUAUUACAGAGACAUGACCAAGGCCAUCACACACAGACGCGCCUGCAAAGCAUGUGACUGCCAUCCAGUCGGUGCUGCAGGCAAAACCUGUAACCAGACCACAGGUCAGUGUCCGUGCAAAGACGGCGUGACUGGAAUCACCUGCAACCGCUGUGCUAAAGGUUACCAACAGAGCCGCUCACCCAUCGCCCCCUGCAUCAAGAUUCCAGUCGCCUCCCCCACCACGACAGACAGCAGUCCAGAAGAGCCAACAGACUGUGAUUCACACUGCAAGGCCUCAAAGGGCAAAAUGAAGGUCACUAUGAAGAAGUACUGCAAGAAAGAUUUUGCGGUUCAGGUACACGUGUUGAAGGGUGACAAGGCAGGCGAGUGGUGGAAGUUCACCAUUAACAUCAUCUCGGUGUACAAGCAAGGCGGACACCGCAUCCGCCGCGGCGACCAGCUGCUGUGGGUGCGCGCCAAGGACGUGGCCUGCAAGUGUCCCAAGAUCAAGCCGGGCAAGAAGUACCUGUUGCUGGGUUCGAACGACGAGGACUCGCGCGGCCAGAGCGGCGUCGUGGCCGACAAGGCCAGCCUGCUGGUUCCCUGGAAGGACCUGUGGGCUCGGCGUCUGCGCAAGUUCCAACAGCGUGACAAGAGGGGCAAGUGCUAGACCAUCCGGCGCUACAGAGGCGGAAGAGGAGCAGAAGAGGAAGGAGACGGAGAAACGAGCGCUGCUAAGCAGACUGAUAUCGCUAGCCUUCGGUAGGAACUGGUCGUGAAGGAAUUCCAGUUUCACAGUCUUCAGCUGUCUGUCCUCAUUUUCUUUCAGAUCUUUUUUAACUUGUGGAUUUUGCAGAGUUUGCACCUGAUGUCACGUAAACAGUAUGUAAAGUGUCCAUUACUUUUUUUUUUUUUGUAGCCAGCUAGUUAUUGUCUCACGUUUCAGGUCGAGAUUCUCUUUUUUAU